AUGACGACACCAAAUCGUUAUUCUCGAAUUUCACCCAUCAGCUCAAAAUCAUUUGUCUCGGGACUUAACAUAGGCACUUAUUGAACGAAGCUACCGGACUACAGGCCGAGUUUGCAGGUUGAAGAAAUUUGAGGAGUAUGGCUGAAAGUUUGUUUGACUGUUUUAACCAAACAAGAUGCAACCAUUCCACAGCUUCUCUUCCAUUACAGGAAACACUUGAGUUCCUCCAUAUCAGUGAAAUAGUAAGUAAAGAGGUAGCAGUGAUCCUCUCCGUCAUUUUCGCCUUAGUUAGUGCGCUCGGAACUUUGGGGAACUCUUUGAUACUGCUCGCGGUCAUCACGAACAUAAAUCUUCGCAGGGUUCCUGAUCUUUUCAUCACAAGUUUAGCGAUCUCAGACUUGUCUGUGUGUGUGGUGUAUCUACCCAUGGUAAUUUAUGACCACAAUUACAAAUUUCAAGAUGAUGAACAAUUCAAGAACUUUAACAUCAUUAAAAGCUUCUUCGGCCAUAUUUCCACGGUUGCAUCGGCAACUAACAUAUUUGCGAUGACAGUGGAUCGCGUUUGUGCGAUUAGAUUCCCUUUCCAAUACGUAGCGGUUCUGACAGCAGGAAAAGCAAUUUUAGGAAUAGCAUUUGUCUGGAUUAUUUCUCUUAUAUUUGCUAUCCUGUACGGUUCUCCUGUUUUGAUUCCCAGGUUUUACGCCUCAAUAUACAUUUCCUCUCUACUAAUCACAACAAUUAUCGUAUAUGUAUAUAUUUUCAUCGCUGCCAAACGUCAAGAAAACAGAAUUCAUAACAUACAUCCGGGGUCUGGUAAUACAAUGACGGAGAAAAAGGUAACUAAAACCAUUUUAACGGUGGUAGGAGUUUAUACCUUAUGUUGGAUGCCCUUGCUACUGCUACCGGGAAUUUUUCACCCUUCUACGAAAUUUGUUCUAUUUAAGAAAGCCUUUAGCUGGGCGCAGACGUUAGUAGCUUGUAAUUCAGCAGUCAAUCCACUCAUAUAUUGUAUGCGUAGCAGUAAAUACCGCAGAGAAUUCGCUAAAUUACUGCGUAUAUAGUUCAUUUUAGUGAAAGAAUUUUGACUUAAUUCGAAUUCAUUCAGGGUUAUUCAAGUCCUGGAGAGGCUCAAACGAGGGGAAGGUGUACUCCAAUAAGACCUUUUUUCUUGAACAGUCUCUCGUAAGAUGUUUUUGGAUAUCGUUCCUGUUUAAGAAUAUA